AUGAAUACUCCAGAGGCUGUGGAACGUUGUGUCCACUUGAUCUCUACCUUGCGUAGAUACGGAUGUUUCGACGAUCAACGCUUUGAGUCCGCUUAUAAGACACGCGCUGAAACUGUCAGUGCCGACCUUAAGAACUGGGGCGCGAUCAGUGUAGACCACACGGUCUUCCGAUAUACACUGGAAUCUGCCGUAUGGAAAGACUCCUUCUGUCAUCUUGAUUCGCCGCCGGAGUUUCCUUGGAGUAUCACCGACUUCCAACCGAGAACGUUUUUGUACUACCGAUGGAGCCUCGUCUUUCUCCUGAUCAAAGCACUCUCUGGCCGACGACCCCCUCUCCCACUCAACAACGAAUGUGAUACGGAUAUGUCAAUCUGA